GCGUGUAUGAUUCUGAGAAUAGGCAAUUAAACUGAUUUUAGAGUUCCAAAGUAUACUAUAUCUCUUUGAAGAGUCGUCAGUUGCCGGAUAUAUCCGCUAUUGCAAGAUUUAGUCGUGACAGUUAUUUUUGAAAUGUAAAAUAAUACCUUAACGAAACAUAUGGGAAAAUUAAGAAGAACAAAAAAGAAUAUUUGUAUAAAGAAAAUCAAUCUUUCCCUAUUUUCUGUACAGACGACGUAAGAAUAAUAAUAAUAAACAAAAUAGAACAUAGAAAAUCAUCUUAAAGAGCACAUAUUACUAUGUGUGAGGCUAAUGGGAUGAGAAAAAGAGAGAAAUAUGUGUUUUUCUGCUACACUGUCCUUGUAAAAUAUAUAUGAUGUGCAGUAUAUAUUAUUAUUCUAAUAAUAACUAUUAUAGUUGUAUUUGUGCUCUGUUCUAUCGGUUUUGCGUCGACGACUGAUGGAUUAUUCAGCUCUUGCUACGAUGCCUUUGUUACUUGAACGAUCUGGUCUAGAUCAGAGCUGGGGUUUUCGUCUUCAAGGUGGUGCCGAUUUUCGUUCUGGACUAUCGGUGAAGAAAGUAACAGCAAAUAGUCCAGCUCAUAAUAAAAUUUAUCCUGGUGAUGGUUUAGUAUUUAUUGAAGGUCGUGAUACAUCGAAGAUGUCUCAUAGUGAAGCUGAAGAACUUAUACGUAAUUCAUUCAGAGGACAGUAUAAUUUCAUUCGUCCAGUUCGACCUGCAGUAAGAUUUACCCAACCGGGACAUAAUAUGGUACCAGCAUUAAACAAUCAACCAAAUAAUUACCGUCGACAUUAA